AUGUCUGGACACUCGCCCUUUUCUGACAGUGUCCGCGCUGUGAGCGGAUCCACCGACCGCUCUGCACCAGUCUGGGACAUUCCUGAAGUACGGGAAAUUGGAGAGCCCCUCUUUGGCUACGACCAUUGGGUAAAUUGUGUUACUGGGUCUCCGUACGACACGAGGGUUGCAGGAGAUGCGGACGCGAAACGACCUGUCAACGAGGCAGCUGAUCGGAGAGCCUUGGGAUGCGCAUGGCGGUUCAGCCGUAACCUGUAUAGCGUGAUGCCUAGUCUGGAUGCUGCGUCGCCAGGAACCUUGAAGGGCUCCUUGACGAGUUGCAUGGCAUAUUACCCUGAUGUAAGCAAGUUGGCUGCGGGCGCUGAUGCCUUCGCCAAUGGCGCGUCAAUCAGCAUCUGGGAUACAGUGAACAGGAGACUGAUAUUCCCACCAAUUCGGGGCCACGACAGUGUCUUCGCUGUUCUGGUCCCCGGACGGAAAACACCUUGCGUCGGGAUUCAAUCAUGGCAUCCUUCAAUUCUGGGAGACUACGACAGGACGUCCCGCAGGGGAUCCUCUUGA